AUGUCGUCUAACAAUAAUACAAGCAUUACAUUAGCAAUUCUUCAAAUUCAAAGUGCUUUUCGAUAUCCAAGUCUUAUUUUAGGGUUUAUUCUAUUGAUCGGUGGUGUAUUAGGAAAUAUUCUUAAUAUAAUUUUCUUCAUCAAACUUGGAAAUUAUAAAAUCAAUGCAUGUUCACUUUACAUGUUUGUUCGUACUUUUCUUGAUCUCUAUGUUCUUCUUACUGGUCUUACUACUCGAAUUCUUGCUACAGGUUUCCGAAUAGAUUUUACUUUAAUGAAUCGAAUAUGGUGUAAAACUCGCUUAGGUUUUACCGAUAUUACUGAUGAAAGUACAUAUACUUUGAUUUGCUUACAAUCUAUUGAUGCAUUCAUGUGUUCCUCUCCAUCAGUUGCUGUACGACAAAAGAGUAAUAUUCGAAUAGCACCAUAUUUAAUAAUUAGUACUCUUUGUUUUUGGUUUCUUCAUGAGAUACCCUAUUUCAUCUUUCAAGAUCUUGUUAUCGUAGGUGGUACUCCCAUGUGUAUCACAACAAAUACAAUAUUUGUCCAGUAUCGCAGCUAUUUUGUCUAUCUCGGUAUUUUCACUACUAUUCCAAUUAUUGUGAUCUCUAUUUUUGGAUUUCUCACCGUCCGACAUAUGAAAACUAUCGGUGUAACGAGAACACUUUCUUCUCUAACAAAACAAACGAUUAAUAUGGCAUUAUUUCAAAUAUUUGCUGUAUUAGUCUUCAAUGGUCCAUAUACAGCCUGGUCAAUUUACUUAAUUGUUACAUCAAAUGUAGUUAAAGAUACUUAUAGACGAGCAGUGGAACAACUAAUUGCUUCAUUUGCUUCUACUUAUUCGUACGGCCCAUAUGCAAGUUCAUUUUAUUGUUAUUGUUUAUCAAAAAGAUUUCGAAAGCAGUUGAUCGUUUCUCUCAAAGAACUUAUUUGUGGUAUACAUACAAAUCAAGUAUUUCCAAAUACUCAAAGAAGUCAUACUCACACUUAA